UAAUUAUAACAUUAUUUAUAAAUUAAUUUUUCAGUUUUCCAGCACACUAACUUGUGUAGAUUUUGACGUAGAGCAAGAAAUACUGAUGGACUCUAAACCGGCCUUGGUCAAAGUAUAUGAUUAUUAUGAAACAAUAUACAGUGUAACACAGAACUACACAUUAGAAACAGUCUGUGGGUCGAAGGAAGAGAUUCUAGCUAAUAACGAAGAUUCAAAUUGUUCCAACGAGAAUUGCAGGGUUGAUACUCCAACAGAAUCGGUUAUUACAUGUCCAGUGUGUUUAGAAUCAAUUCACAAAGAAACUCUUAUAGAGCUUUUCUGCGAAUCCGAAAAUGUGUACAAGUCUUUUGUCCGGAGAAAGGGACAGUAUUCUAUCCAAUUGGAAACGAAUGUACGGGUCAAAGAAAAGAGAAGAUUCCACAAGUUUGUAAAUUAUAACAUGAGCCAUCUAUGUUCUUGUCCGAUUAUUAAAGAUGGACCAGAAACUAAAGCCUUUAUCUUUGCAAGGUCCAACGCUUUCGAUUCAUCAACAGAAGAGUUGUCGUUGCUGGGUUCAGAAACGGUUUUAGCUUACCAGAGGAGAUAUGAGAAAAUGAUUAAUAUCCUCUCUUCGGAGACACAGGCCUGUUACAAACUGAUUUGUUUGAAAAGAUCUUCUUCCCCUUACAGUCAGUACAGGUUUGCUGAACUUCUAAGAAAGUUACGGUUGUAUGCAUGGGACGACUCAUUUUGUAAAACUUCUAGCAACAACAUUUUGGGAUAUUUCUUAUUGAAACUGCAUCCAAAAUAAUGAGAAAAAUAUUCUACGUGGCAUAGCAUCUUCGAUUUUUUCUUUAACAAGAGCUGACACAGGAGACGGCAAUCGACUAAUAAAAUACUGGACACAGUAAAGAAGACUAAACUAUAAAAGAAAAAUAAAUUAUGAUAUAAAUAUAUUUCUGCAUCAGCAUCAAGAAAGCACUCAAAUUUUAUAUAUUUUUACACCACAUAAUAUGCAUAUGGCCAUGUCAAUAAAUGUUAAACAGACAUUUCUCUGCUUAAAUGGAAAAGACGAAAAAUUUUUUUUAAGUAAAAUUUUAAUUCCAAUUGAAGAAAGAUGCUAGAGUUAUGAACCUUGUCCUGCAUGAUGUUAGUAAUGGCAAAGAACAAUUAAUUAUUUAAUGUCUAGAGUAGAUACCAUUUAUAAUAACUAAGAUUGUAAAUAUAUAGACUCUAUAUACAAAUAAACAAAUAAAUUCUUAGUUUAACAUUAAUUGAAGAUAAUUCUGGAAAUACAGAGUCUUGCGUUAUAAAUCUUAUCCAUAUGACAAACUUGCUUAUAACAAACAUAUUUUUGAUGUCAGUCUGGAUUAAAUCGCUGAAAAUUAAGAAGUUACAGAAAAAAUACGAGGAACCUUCUAAGUUUUAAGGGACUCCGCUGAGGUUUUUUGACAUGAUGAGACUGAAAAUAUUUUUUCCAGAUUAAUGUACCAUUUGAUGUUGGUUUAGAAAAAAAUUCAGAUCAUUCGCGCACUUCGUUUUCCCAGAAUAAUUAUUCAAAUUGUAAAAAAUGACCCAAAAUGAAAAGCAUUUAAACGCUUUUCACUCAAAUCAAUUUUCAAUUUAUUUCAAAGUAUAUUUCUUAACUAUC